GCACCGCCUCCGCCAAAUCUCAGGCCACAUACCGCGAAAAGCACUCUACACCACUUCCCCCCAGACACUCAGAAUGCCGAAGCUUCUCUACCCCACCUCCCUCGCGCUCGACCCCAAGCUGCUCGAGGGCUACUCCGUUGACCUUGUCCCGUACAAUGUGAAAGAGAACAUCCCUGAAGAACACACCGACGCCGAGAUCCUGGUCACUUGGACCAACACGGCUGCGAACCUGAAGGACGCGGCCCAGCGCCUGACAAAGCUGCGCUGGAUCCAAUCCCUCGCUGCUGGGCCUAACGACGUGCUCGGGGCGGGCUUCAACCCCGAGAAGAUCACGAUUACGACGGGAAGCGGGUUGCACGACCACACCGUUGCCGAACACACAUUGGGUUUGCUGCUGAAUGCUGCGCGCCGCUUCUACGAGAUGCGCGACUUCCAGGCGCAGGGCAAGUGGCCGGGGCACCUUGGUGGACCGCAGCCGGACAGGCCGCAGGGCAGGUUCACAACGCUGCAAGACGCUAACGUUGUGGUUUGGGGAUUCGGGAAUAUCGCGAAGUGCCUGACGCCCUGGCUCACCGCGCUGGGUGCGAAUGUCAAGGGCGUGGCGAGGAGCAAGGGCGUGCGCAAUGGUAUUGAGAUAUACGCUGAGGACGACCUUAAGGAUAUCCUGCCCAAGACCGAUGCGCUCGUUAUGAUUCUGCCCGGCAGCGAUGCGACGAAACACGCGCUCAAUGCCGAGAGGCUAAAGCUCCUGCCGAACCACGCCUGGGUAGUCAACGUCGGACGCGGCACGAGUGUAGAUGAGGAGGCACUGGCGAACGCGCUGGAGCAGGGCAGUAUUGGGGGUGCGGCGCUCGAUGUCUUCGAGACAGAACCCUACCCCGAGGGCGGCAGGCUGUACAAGACACCUAACACGAUCGUCAGUCCGCAUGCUGCAGGUGGCAGGCCGCAGGACCCUGAGGAUUUGAUUGCGUGGAACCUGAGGAAGUUUUUGGCGGGGCAGGAGUUGAAGAACGUCAUCUAA